GGACAGUCGUUUCCUGUUCUCUCCAGCAAACUUCCUGCUUAUACCGAUUAGUCAAAGAUUUAAGUAAAACAAAAAUGAUUCUGCUCGAAGUUAAUAGUAGAAUUAUAGAGGAAACUUUAAAGCAAAAGUUUCAAAAUGCAGAAGCUGGACUCAAACAAGAAUCAGUUUCAAUUCUAGCCGCCGAUUUCGAUGGUGUUAAAUAUCACAUUUCGAACUACAAUCAAGACAAAUCGAAACUUCUUAUUAGUAUUUCUUUGAAUUUCUUUAAAGAAUUAAAGGAGCAUGGCGCCGAGGAAUUGUUGAAAAGGGAGUAUGGCUCCUACCUGACUACCCCGGAAAGCGGAUACGACGUCACUCUUUUGAUUGAUUUGGAUAAGUUGCCUUCGAAUAAAGAAGAAUUGAUAAAGAAAUGUGGUAUGCUAAAACGACACUGUUUCGCUGCCGUCUUUGAAGAAUAUUUCAGAUUUCAACAAAAUGGUGAAGUUGGAAGGAAGAUUGCAGUUAUACAUUACAGAGAUGACGAAACUAUGUAUGUUCAGGCUCAAAAGGACAGAGUUACAGUUAUAUUUAGCACUGUUUUUAGAGAUAGUGAUGAUAUGGUAAUUGCUAAACUCUUCCUCCAGGAGUUUAAAGAUGGUAGAAGAAAAUACCAACAAGCUCCUCAAGUUCUCUUUAGCCACAAAGAACCUCCAAUGGAAUUAAAAGCAACAAACGCCAGAGUAGGAGACAACGUUGCUUAUAUAACGUUCGUUCUGUUUCCAAGACAUACGCAAGCUAGUGCUGUAGAAAAUACUAUUAAUUUGAUUCAUACUUUGAGAAACUAUUUGCAUUACCAUAUUAAAUGUUCAAAGGCUUACAUUCACUCGAAAAUGAGAGCGAAAACUUCGGAUUUCUUGCAAAUCCUUAACAGAGCACGACCAGACGAUAAGCCAAAGGAAAAGAAGACAGCUAAGUAAGCUUUAUAUAUGGCAACUAUUAAUAUUAAUCAUAAAUAUCCAAAAUGCUAUCAUAAAUAAUAAUGCAGUUAAAAACAGCACAAACCAAUUAAAUACUAUGUAAUUUUCUUUUAUAAACUUUUUAAUCAGAUAUUAUGUUAAACCGUUUUACACGGAGGAAGGUGAAAAAAAACUAAUCAUAGGAUUAGACCUAGUGUGUUUAUUGUGCUACUUUUUUUCUAUUAAAAAGGAAAAGCUACUGAAACUUAUUUUACUAAAAAACAUUUGAAACAAAAUUAUUUGUUGUGUUUAAGUUAAAAAACAAACAAACAAACAAACAAAAAGAAAUUAUCAUCGUUAGCAAUUUGAUAAAAGAACAAAUUUCUUUUUUUUGCAUACCUGAAAUGAGAGUAGUUGGCUUUAAGUUUUGUGAAAAAGAAUGAUUGUAUAACUAAUAGGUUCAUUUAUUAUGAAGAGGGAAAAAAAAAGCAAUGUUUUUGCGUUGCCGUUGCAUAUUAAUUAACUCUACUACUUGAACUUUAGUUGUAUUCAUUUUGGAUGAACUAACAAAUGGUAAAGAUAUCAGAAAAACAAAUUACUUGCUUUUUUUUAAACCUAUUUUUAGUGUUUCUUAUUUUUUUCUUAAAAGCAUGAAUCAACUUUUGAAUACUUAUUUACCUAUUAACAUUACUUAAAUUAUUAAAUACAAUAUAUAGAUGGAGAUGUUUAUAUACUAAUAUAUAUUCUCUUUUUAAAACAGAGGAACUACCUUCAAGCAGCAGUGAAUAACGAAAUGAAAAUAAAAAAAAACAAAAAAACGAAUACUAAUAAUUUAAAACUGAGCUGCUUUUUUUUUUUGAAAAAUAAACUUUGGCUAGCUUGUUUCUAGGUUUAAAAUAAAAUUUCUCUAGUUUCACUUUUAAGGUUUGUCACGUGUUCUAAAAAACUUAUUUUUUUUUUGUUAUAAAAAACAUAAAGAGGUAUUUACAGAGUUAAAAUAAAAUAAUAGAAUUUUGAUUUUUCCAUCUCUUUUUA